AUGGCAUCACUUGGUGCUGCCAAAUUCCUGCUCUCUUUCUCAAUAAUAUGCCUCAUCAACUUCCUACCUCUAUGCCAAGGUAAAGAGAAGUGGGAAAAUAUUAAUAAAUAUAAAUAUCCAUUUAUAAGAAAAGCGAGUUCAUUUGAAUCUCCACCAUCAAUUUCAACCACCAACACAAACAAUGGUUAUGACUACAUAAUAGUAGGUGGUGGAACAGCAGGGUGUCCUUUAGCUGCAACACUUUCAAAGAAAUUCAAUGUCUUGUUACUUGAAAGAGGGGGUGUUCCUUUCACAAACCCUAAUGUGUCAUUUCUUGACAACUUUCAUAUUGCAUUGGCUGAUACUUCACCAACUUCAGCUUCACAAUUCUUCAUUUCAACUGAUGGAGUUUUUAAUGCAAGAGCUAGGGUUUUAGGGGGUGGUAGCUCCAUUAAUGCUGGCUUCUACACUAGAGCAAGCUCAAGAUUUAUAGAGAAAAUGGGGUGGGAUACAAAGCUAGUAAAUGAGUCAUACCCUUGGAUUGAAAAACAGAUUGUUCAUCGUCCAACAUUUUCACAUUGGCAAAGAGCAUUGAGAGAUGGUCUUCUAGAUGUUGGUGUGUCACCUUUCAAUGGAUUCACCUAUGAACAUAAAUAUGGAACCAAAGUUGGUGGAACCAUUUUCGACAGAUUCGGUCGACGCCACACUGCUGCUGAAUUGCUUUCUUCUGGAAAUCCUAACAAACUCACUGUUUUGAUCUAUGCUACUGUCCAAAACAUUGUUUUUGAUACAACAAGAAAAAGACCAAAAGCUGUAGGAGUAAAUUUCAAGGAUGAAAAUGGGAAAAUGCAUAAGGCAAUACUAGGAGAUGAUAUGCAAAGUGAAGUGAUUGUGACGAGCGGCGCGAUUGGGACGCCUCAGAUGCUGUUGCUCAGUGGAAUUGGUCCGAGAGAAGAACUCGAGAAGUUGAACAUUUCUGUGGUGCUUGAUAACAGAUUUGUUGGGAAGGGUAUGGCUGAUAACCCGAUGAACACGAUAUUUGUUCCGCUUAAGAAACCGGUUAAGCAGUCGUUGAUAGAGACGGUUGGUAUUACUGAUAAGGGUGUGUAUAUUGAAGCUAGCUGCGGGUUUGGACAGACAAAUGAAAGCAUUCAUUGUCAUCAUGGUUUGUUGUCGGCCGAGAUUGGCCAGCUUUCGACGAUUCCACCGAAACAAAGAACAACGGAAGCGGUUAAGGCUUUUGCAAAGAACAAAAGAGACAUUCCAAUUGAAGCAUUCAAGGGAGGCUUUAUCUUAUCAAAAGUUGCCAAUCCAUGGUCGACCGGUGAUCUUAAAUUGAUCAACACAAAUGUAGACGACAACCCUUCCGUUUCAUUCAACUACUUUAGUCACCCUUACGAUCUUGAUCGCUGCGUCGAAGGAAUCCGGUUAGCCUCAAAAGUUGUUCAGUCAAAGCAUUUCACAAACCUUACUUUGUGUGAGAGACAAACCACAGAACAGUUUCUUAACAACACUGUGAAGGCUAAUGUUAACCUUAUACCAAAGCAUAUCAAUGACACAGAAUCACUUGAGCAGUUUUGUAGAGACACUGUGAUCACUAUUUGGCAUUAUCACGGCGGAUGCCAUGUUGGAAAGGUUAUCGACUCGGAUCAUAAGGUUCUCGGUGUUAACAGGCUUCGUGUCGUAGAUGGCUCCACGUUUACCGAGUCACCAGGAACUAAUCCUCAAGCUACUGUCAUGAUGAUGGGCAGGUACAUGGGAGUGAAGAUUUUAAGAGAAAGGUUAGGGAAAUUUGCUGGUGUUUGA